UAACAAUGCUUCCAGAUCAAAACACGUCAGGAAAGUUUCCUGGCGCUUGGAGAGAGGGGAAAAACACGCAUGGAGCGGGGCAACUCCGACGGCUCACACACACCAUGCGUGUUCAGUGACGGAGGACCUUUGGAGGAGUGUGUUUUUCCUUAACUAACUUAGCGGAGCGUGUCGACGGUUAGCGGAGCGUGUCGAGCGUGCCGACGGUUAACGCGUCGGAAUGGCAGGACUGGCCAAGCCGUCUAAGUGCAGGCAAAAACAACCCCAAACUCAGACUUAGAAUUUGGAGGCGCACGGUCGUUUAUUAAUCUUUUCGGUCGCGGCUGGUUUAGGUGCGGUGUUCACAGCAUGAGCGAGGCAGAACGUCGCGCUCAACGUGAUUAAAUUUGACCGACUUUAUUAAAGUUACCUGUUGAAGAUAAGUCCCAUGUGUGUGCCGGGGUGCGUCAGGAAGAAGAAGAGCGUCUUUCAGAUAUAUGCCAAAGCGUUCACAUCGAAAUAAUGCAAAAAGUGGAUUCGGCCAGCACGCCCACGGGUCAUCCGGACUCCGAACUCCAGCAGCGCUUAUCGGACUACGGGGGAGCCCGGGAGGGAAUGCGGGAAAACGGCAAACACGUCCUCGGCCGUGAGGAGCCCGUGGAGGCGGCGUACUACUCCAACCGAAAGAUGCUGGUCGGCUUGGACAUUGUGUGCCUCUUCGUUGCCUCUAUCCCAUUCUUUGCAUGUGAGCUGAAGGCGGUGAAGCCGUACUACCGGGGCUUUUUCUGCGGGGAUUCCACCAUCACGUACCCCUAUGUAGAGUCAGAGGCCAUUCCCGACAGCAUGCUCAUCGCCGGAGGAAUCAUCAUCACAGGCUUUGCGAUCGCCCUGGGCGAGUGCUACCGCGUGCGGAUGCGUCGUGCCCGCUCCCGCGCCUUCGUGGGCAACCUCUACGUGGCCUGCCUGUACAAGGAGCUGGGCAGCUUCCUGUUCGGCUGCUGCAUCGGCCAAUCGCUGACCAACAUGGCCAAGCUGAGUGUGGGCCGCUUGCGCCCCAACUUCCUGUCCGUGUGCAAUGUGACGUACACGUCGCUAGGCUGCACGCCGGGCAAGUACAUCGAUCAAGUCAUCUGCAGCAGCACCCCAAAAGAGGAGGAGGAGGCCAGGAAGUCGUUUUUCUCUGGCCACGCUUCUUUCGCCAUGUACACAAUGCUUUACCUUGCUUUCUACCUGCAGGCGCGUUUGUCAUGGCGCGGGGCGAGGUUACUCCGCCCGCUGCUACAGUUCCUGUUGGUGAUGUUAGCCGUGUACACGGGCCUCACCCGCAUCUCCGACUACCGGCAUCACCCCACCGACGUGCUGACUGGCUUCCUGCAGGGAGCCCUCACCGCAUACUGGGUGGCCUUCCACAUCUCAUCCAUGUUUAAAACCGGCAGACAGGCCAGUGUCUGUGUCUCCCUGGACAGCCCGAUGUCUCUGUCCAGCGGGCAGACGUCCUGUUAGCGUCUCCGCCCGCGGCCCAUGGGUGGAGGGAGAGACGGCUCGGGGAGAGGAGGAGGAGGAGGAGAGAGGGAGCGCGAGGUGGAGAGGAGGAAGGCUAACGAAGGAUAACAGCCCAGCUGAGAGCUCUCACGCCCACACACCUUUAAUGAUACGUCCUACAGAAGCCUACAGUAACACGUUCUCUUGCACAAUGGAAGCUCUAAUCUGAACAGAGUCCUGCAAGCACCCGUCCAGUAGUUCAACCCUUGAUACAAAGAUAAUAAGGGUUUGUGUGUGUGUGUGUGUGUGUUCACCCCUUCUAUGUAAAUAUAUUCUAUGUGAAG